UUUAGUGUCAUAUGAAUGGACGUUGUAACCGCCCAUCAAACUGUUUUGCGCUGUGAUUGGAUUUCAAGGGCUUCACGUUGGCAAGUCCGCAUCUUAUUGGCCAGGCACUAUGGUUCCCUGAGGAGGGAGGCAGGAAGUUUGUCUCAGCUGGAAGGAACGGUGGGGAAGUACGAAGGUAAACAAGCUCUGCUGACCUCUGUUGAUAUAUUUUUUGAAAAUCCAGUGCAGGAGAUGCGAGCAGCGUUGCGCCUGGCAGUAGUGGCAGUCCCGAUGGGUGUGCUACUGUCCCGGACCAUGGCGUGGAUGUCCAGUGGCAAAACCCAUCCAGAGCUCAUCAGCAGGCUCAGGGAACACGGAGUUAUUCGCAGCGACCGAGUGUUUAAUGCCAUGCUGGCUACAGACAGAGGCCUCUACUCUCGAGACUAUCCUUAUGCAGACUCUCCUCAGUCCAUAGGCUACAGAGCAACCAUCAGUGCACCACACAUGCAUGCUCAUGCUUUGGAGCUGUUAAGUGACAAACUAACUGAAGGGGCAUCAGCACUGGAUGUGGGUUCAGGCAGUGGGUAUCUCACUGCCUGCUUUGCAAGGAUGACAGGACCCAGUGGAAGAGUGGUUGGUAUUGAACACAUCGACGAACUGGUUCAAAUGUCUAUAAAAAAUGUGCAAGCUGACGACCCAGAACUGCUCACCUCUGGGCGCAUUAAACUUCUAGUGGGAGAUGGAAGGCUCGGCUGCACAGACGGGGCGCCGUAUGAUGCCAUUCAUGUCGGUGCAGCUGCAGCUACUGUUCCUAAAGCGCUCUUAGAGCAGCUGAAGCCGGGUGGGCGGUUGAUUCUCCCAGUGGGCCCCGAUGGUGGCAGUCAGGUGCUAGAACAGUACGAUCGGCAGAGUGACGGGACAUUUCUCAAGAAAGCCUUGAUGGGAGUGGUGUAUGUCCCCCUGACUGACAAGAGGCGUCAGUGGCCUGGAGGUGAGCUCUGACUGCAGUGUGGUUGCCCCUGCAGGAGGUGGCGUUGGUGCUGCAUCUCCGGGGCCCCGUAGCACUCCUCUUGGUUUCACUGAACUCCAGUCUUAAAGACCACCUGCCCCUCUGGGUUGUCACCUAGCAACAUUCAAUGAGGAUCUUGCGAUCUUGUUUUCCCUGACCAGAUUGUCUUCCACCAGUGAGUGACUGAAUGAGUGACCACCGCUGGACCUUACUCCCAAUCAGUUAGAGAGUGAUGGAGAGAGGGGAUAUUGUGGGUGAUAAAGAAAGGAUGUCUGAGAUUAAAGUCAUUCACAUGAUAUUAAGUCUGUCAAGUUCAGAAAUGAGAAAAAUACAAUUACAGCUUCAGGAGCUACAGUAUGUGCUCUUCUGGAUGCUUGUGGGAAAUUCAGAUGCAUGGUGAAUUUGUGUGUAAUCUUGUGGGAAUAAAGAAUGCAGUAACACAAAGACAAACCCAAGUACAAGCCAAGGAACUUCAAUGAAAAAUCAGCUAAUUAACAAAGUAAUAUAUAUUUUAUGAACUUCUUCUUACUCGCUUCAUAUACUGUACGUGUAGGAUAUGUCCUGUUUGAAAUUGUGCCAAAAUUGAUUAAUUGAGGCACUUUUGUUGAAAAUAUAAAAUAUUGAAUUAUGUGUAUACUUUUAAGAUUUAUUAAUAAAACCCACUAAACGGA